UUUUAAUAAUCUAAGGAAGCAGCACAGAACGCGAACAACCAGACAAAAAGAAAACCAAUACAACUAAAGUACAAUUUCUUAGACAAUACUCUCUUUAUUAGAAAUCAACAAUGUCUUACCAACUUUAUAGAAAUACCACAAUCGGUAAUACAUUACAAGAAAGCCUCGACGAGCUUAUACAGUAUGGCCAGAUUACGCCAGCCUUGGCCGUAAAGGUGCUGCUGCAAUUUGACAAGUCUAUAAACCAGGCACUGUCCAACAGAGUUAAAUCGAGGCUAACCUUCAAAGCAGGAAAAUUAAACACAUACAGGUUCUGUGAUAAUGUCUGGACAUUCAUGUUGAAUGAUGUGGAGUUUAGAGAAGUGCAAGAAGUUGCCAAAGUAGAUAAAGUUAAAAUUGUAGCUUGUGAUGGCAAAAAUGUUGAUGACCGAAGAUAACCAAAAGUGAUAGUAAAUAUUAGUUAUAAUAUUUCUCAUUACAUAAUUCUGAUCGCAUCCAAAUAUUUGAAUUUCUUAGUAAACUGAUAAUUUUUCCUUACCAUGUAAAUUGAUUACCUACAUAAUAAAUAAAUUAUUUAAGUGGCAAGUAUUA